AUGGCCAACUUCAAAGCACAAUUUCUUGCAACACAAACCAUCUUCUCUCUUUUUCUUAUGACCUUUCUCUUGUUAAUCACAAAUGUCAAGUCAGAAUCAUUUUCUUUCAGCUUGCCAGAGUUUAACAACCAUUCCAAAAACAUAGCCAUCGAUGGUGAUGCCAAAAUAAUUGGUGGAGUACUACAGCUUACUAAAAAGGACCAACUCGGAAAACCAUCUCCACAUAGUUUUGGCCUCUCCGCAUUCUCUGAAGCUAUUCGUCUCUCUGAUAAAACAAGUGGUAAAGUUGCUGACUUUACCACUGAGUUUUCUUUUGUUGUGGAUCCAAAGGGUUCACAACUUCAUGGAGACGGUUUUACUUUCUUUAUUGCAUCACUUGGUUUUGAGUUCCCGGACAAUUCAUCAUCAGAGGGUGGAUUCCUUGGACUAUUCAAUAAGGAAACCGCCUUCAACGCCUCAUUAAACUCUAUAGUUGCUGUCGAGUUUGACAGUUUUACCAAUGAAUGGGAUCCUCCUCAGCACUCACCUCAUAUUGGAAUCGACAUCAACACGAUUGAGUCUUCAAUCACUGUUCCAUGGCCAAUCGAUAGACAACCGCAAGGAUCGAUAGGAAAGGCACAUAUAAGUUAUAAUUCCGCCACACAAGAACUGAGGGCAGCUGUAACUUAUCCAAAUAGUCCAGUUGAAGUGGGUGUUGCUGUAUCUUAUCUGGUCGAUUUUGCGGCGGUUCUGUCGGACUGGGUCCUUGUUGGUUUCUCCGGUGCAACUGGUGAACUCGCAGAAACACAUGACAUUCUCUCUUGGUCUUUCAGUUCGACCCUAUAG